ACCAGCACCCGCACCACCUCCACCUCCCUUUCCCUUUCUGGCCGCAUUCCCUCGUCCUCCGGCCGGCAGCCGUCGUCGCCAGCAGGAGCUUCCGAUGGUCCGGAAGGAGACGGCCAUGAGGCUGCCCCCGCAGCACCAGGCGCUGGAGGUCAAGAUCCCCAGCUUCUUCCGCUGCCCGAUCUCGCUCGACGUCAUGCGCUCGCCCGUCAGCCUCUGCACCGGCGUCACCUACGACCGGGCCUCCAUCCAGCGGUGGCUCGACUCCGGCAACACCACGUGCCCGGCCACCAUGCUCCCGCUCCGCUCCACCGACCUCGUCCCCAACCUCACCCUCCGCAGCCUCAUCGCGCACUGGGCCGCCUCCGCCGCCUCCUGCUCCCCCACCGCCACCGACAAUUCUUCGGCGACACGGACCUCUUCCCCCGCGAGCCUCGUCCGGCAGGUGGCUUCCGCCGGCGUCGACCCGUCCCCGGCCCUCCGCGAGCUGGCCGCCUAUCUCUCCGACGACGACGUCGACGACUUCGAAAAGAACGCGCUCUUGGGCGCCGGCCGCGCCGCCGAGACCGUCGCGUCGGUUCUCCGGAGAAGACCCGAGGAAACCGGCGUCGAGGGCGUGGAGGCGGCAACCAGAGUGCUGGCCAAGAUCUUGGCCUCGGACGGCAUCGACGACGCGAACAAGAAGCGGGUGGCCACCGGCCUCACCGCCGACGCGGCGGCCUCGGCCGCGUCGCUAGCGCGCGUGAUGCGCCGCGGUAGCGGCGGCCUGGAGGCGAGGGUCGACGCGGCGAGGCUGGCGGAGCUGCUGCUCGCCAAUGCCGCAGACGAGGCGGCGAAGGCGGCGGUGGCCGAGUCGUCCGAGCUGCUGGCCGAGCUGGUACGGCUCGUGGGCACCGUCGACGAGAAGGGCGCCCUGGAGAGGAACGCCGUGGACGCCGGCCUCUCCUGCCUUGCCGCAGCCAUCUGCGUCUGCGGCGGGUCGCGCCGCGCCUGGGCGCGCGGCGAGAUGGUGCGCCUGGGCGCGGUCCAGGCCGCGGUGCGCGCCCUGCGCGCCGCCACGACGGAGCCCGGCGCGUCCGCGAAGGCGCUCCGCGUGCUCGAGUCCGCCGUGGGCUGCGCCGAGGGCCGCGCCGCGCUGUGCGGUGACGCGGAGGAGGCCAUCCCGGCCGUGGUGGGCAGGAUGAUGAAGUCCGGGCGCGACGGCGCCGAGGCCGCCGUGGCCGUGCUCUGGGCGGUCUGCCACCGGUACCGGGACCGCCGCGCGGCGGACGCGGCCGCGGCGGCGGAGGGCGGGCUGACGAGGCUGCUCCUGCUGAUGCAGAGCGGGUGCUCGCCGGCGGCGAGGCAGAUGGCGCUGGAGCUGCUCAAGAUUUAUAGGGUGAACGCCAAGAGCUGCCUCGCCGGCUACGACUCCAAGACCACCCACAUCAUGCCCUUCUGAGGAAGCGAAGCGGACGAGAAUGGCUUGCCGGAAUCCUUCCUGGGCUAGCUGAUCAAAUGGAUUCGAUGAAUCGAUUAAAUUGCAGGCGAUGGUGUUCUUGUUCCUGUGAUGUUUCUUGAUAUUUUUUUCCAUUUUCUUUUGAUGUAAGUCGAUAGAGAAACAAAGAACAAUUGGUUCAUGGUGGAGGGGAGAAGAAUAAUAAUCUGUACAGUUCAUGGGUAGAGUUUUUGACAUGAUCAGAACAGGCACAGGGGACAACUUAACCAAAGAA